CGAGAUGGUGGGCGGGGCCGUCGGACCAGUGGGCGCACUGAGAGCUGAUCAGAGGAAUACCGGGCAGCUGCCCGCGGGCGCGUAUAAAGCGAGGGGGUACUCGCUGGGGAAACGCAGUUUGCCGCUCUCGGCAGCAGUCGGCACCUUGCCUCGCUUCGUCUUGCCCGCAGUUCUCGUCCUCGCAGUUUACUAGAGACAGACAGGAAAGGGGACAGGACAGGGAAAGAGGGGCUAAUGGCUUCCAACUACGUGGACGCGACGGAGGAGGCGGGCAGGUUCCACGGCCACUACAGCAGCAGCACGACGCCGACCGGCGCGGCGGCGUCGCCCAAGACGAAGCGGAGGGGCUGGCCCGGGUCGGCGUCGGCGCCCUCCGGCGCCGGUGGCCACGGGCCCGCCCCCAAGUGCGUCUGCGCGCCGCCUACCCACGCCGGGUCCUUCAAGUGCCGGCUCCACCGCACCAGCUCCCACGGCGGCGGCCACGGUAGCCACCCUUCGUCGUCCCCUCCAUCCCCGGCCAACGCCGCGCCGCCGCAUCCGGCCGCGCCGUCCUCGUCCUCCCGCACGGUCGCGGCGCAGUGACGCAACCCAAGCAGACAAGCAUCGGUCGGGCUCGAGAAUCAACAAGAGGGACACAAAGAGAGGACAAGGAAUUAAGGCGUGUCGUAAGAAAGGGAGCUUAUUUGUUCCUCCCUUGAUAUGGUGUCAUUUGGAAAACUAUUUCCUGCUAUCUCUCUUUUUUCUCAUCUUUUGUUGGGAUCUCCGGUCUCCCUCCCUUGAAUGGUUUUUCCUCCAUGAAGAGAAGAAAUUCCGCAUCUUCUGCCUGCUUUGCCUAUUCCCCCACGUCGUCCAUUUGGGAUGGAGCACCGAAACGGUUAGUCGUAUCUGUUUAGAACCUGUGCGGUCUUUUCUUCUGUGAUUACCAUUUCAGUGAAAUCCAGACUUCUUGCAACA